AUGGGCGACAUUGAAAAGCCAGAAGCUGAGACAGUCCUCAACGUGGAUGAUGAGCGACUGAGCAAGCUCAUCACGCCUCCGUUGGACAUGCCGGUAUAUGAACCAGCGGAGAAUGGUCCUAUUGAUAGCCUUCGUUCCAAAGCGGGCUCAAUCAUUCGCACAGAGCAUGAAGGGGAUAUGUUCUUUGAAGCCGCUGAACAUGAAUCGAUUGCCAAUGGCGUAUUCCUCAAGAACAUCCACGGCAUUCCAGAGUCCGCGAUUGACCACGACUGCUGGAGGGUCAAUGCCUAUGUGCAUGGAGGCACGGGAUCCGUCGCCAAAAAGCGCGAAAUCAACCUCAAGUUCGGCCGUGUGAUUGCCCUAGCAGGGGAUUUCUACAGCAGUAACAAAGAUAAACACCGUACGCCCAUUUGUGGUGCAUUUUUUACAAAUGAGCCCACUGGGAAUCCUGACGAGGACUUGCGGAAUCAGUCCGAGCGAUUCCGUUCUGCUGUCAAGAGUAUUGUUCAGGAUGAUGAUGGAAACCUUAUUCAGCUAUGCUCGCUCAUAGAUCACGAGCACGAGAAGAUUGCGGAGCAUGAGGGUGAAUAUCACACUAUUGCCAACAUAUAUCAUGAAGCAGACAAGUGUGGUCUUCCUUCAUCCUCUCAAUUCUGGAGCGCCACUGUGGGUAGAUCGAAUCCCAAGUUGAGUCUCUAUACCUGGCUCCUCUUUAUCAAUUCCGAUCAUUUUGGAAAUGAUGCGGUCACUGCUUACACAGUUGGUCAUAAAGUGGCCCUUCAGCUAGCCCGAGAGGCCGGUCAGCUGGAGGAGAGCAACGAAAAGGAACGUGCUGAUGGAUUGCAAGCCGCUUAUUUGCAUGAAGCCUUCUGCCUACACUACCUGACCGAUCUAUUUUCUUCGGGCCAUAUUCGCACUCCCCGGCGUGAGCUGCACAAUGAUAGCUAUACGGAGGCUAGUUUUAGUGCAGCUAGGCUGGUAUUUGGGGGCAAAGAGGUUCCGAUUUGGGAUUUCCAGUGCAAUUAUAUGCACGAUAAUGACUCUGCAACUGGUCUUCUUGUCCAGAACAAGAAAGGCGAACAGUGGAUUGCAUAUGGCGAUAAACAGUUUGUCGAGAAUUGGGAUGCCGUGAAUCACGCCCGAGUCACCCACGCCGUCCAAGUCUCUGUGGAUGAAGUGUACGAGGCUUUCAAAACUACCACCGAGAAGCACCCAUCAUCAUUCGAAGUGCUAGACUUGAUCCCACAGCCAAUGCUCUCCGCAGAAAAAGGUCGCUCUGCUUCCUGGAUUGAUCAGUUCGGAGGCUACGAUAUGCACAAUCCCGCAGCUCUCUGGAAAGUUACCAACGAAGGAGACAAAUCCCAUUUGACCAUUCGAGCUAACCUCAACGACUACUCUCUUUACCGACGAGUGGAUGGAUCCCCCAGGUCCACCAGCAGCCUUAGAAUAAACCCAACCGCGACCCCAGAAUGCGUUGCUAUCCAACAAGCUCCUUUCCGCGGCUCGGACGCCUUCCCUUCCGCGGGCCCCAUCGACAACCUAGUCAGCGGCGGCUUUUUGCAGAUCCAGGACCUCAACCCACCCGGCAUGGGCGUUCGCACCUGUGUCAACUUCUGGGGUCCAGCUAAAGUCAAUUUGACCGCAAGAGAUAACUCGAAAUUCCAGUCGAAUACGUUCACUCUUCGCAAUCGGCUUAUUGAUUUUGAUCGCGAGCAAAGUGCCGAUGACGCAGUGACUUGGCACUGGCAGAAAUGGUAUGACCAGCAGAAUGGUCUCUCGCUGUUCCGGUUCAAUCGUCGCUCCGAUGGCCAAGUCGUUGUCUCGCAGUGGGAAACGAAGGACCCUUGCCCUACUCUGCCGGUCACCUUUGACCCCAAUCGAUCUUGGGCGUUCUCGUCUACUCAAACAAUUCGCGAGCGGCCUUUGAUCAGCCUUGACAACCGUCAAGCUGGGUUGACUCGGUUUGUGGUUGGUAACUUGGUAAAAAGACCUUCCUCUUCUCACCCGGACAUCGUCUGUCUCUCGUUCACUCCAGACGGGCCAGUUCAGCUAGCCCUCUCCUCAGCUGGGCCAGGAGAGGAACCCGUCAUGAUUCUAACACUCGAGGCACGCGGCAUCUACCAAUUCAUGAAGCGCGUCAAGCAACAAAGCGGACCUGAUCGUAUCCUACUUGCACGAUACCGCCGCGUGGAGAAUGACUGCGUACAAGUGACCUUUACCACGAUCGCCUUCUCCGACACAAAGGAACUCCACGAAGAAACAAGCAAGGUCAAUAUUCCCCUCUCCGAAUUUGAAGCAGAAACCUCCAUCGUGGUAGGAGAUCUUCUCGGAACGGGCAACGACCAGGCUAUCGUCGUCCACGACACCAAAGCGGUCUCCAAAUACAUCAUUUACGCCUUCAACGAGGGCAAACUAGCCCAGGCUGAGGAAUUCGACAUCCUUCGCGAGGAAAAGUCCCCAGUCCUCCGACCUUUUAUGACAGCUCUCCUCCCGGCACAGCCUGCGCAAAAGAAACUCCCUUCUAUCCUCCAGCUAGCCCUCCACAAGGUUGAUGAGAAACCAACACUUGUCUUCCGAGUCACGAACCGCGCAUCCGGCUCAACGGAGUGGAAAACCACCAUCUCUCGCGUGGAAGACCCGUUAUCCACGGAUGAACAUUAUUUCCAUUUGAAAUGGAUCCGAUGCACACACCAGCCUCCAGGCUUCGAAUCUCGCAACGCAUUGCUGGAGAUCUUCUCAUUCUACGGUGCGCUGGGCAUCAGGCUUUUCUCUGCAGAGAAUUCGCGGAAGCUUGACGAGUAUAGCGAGCAGGGCCGGCAGCAGUAUAUGGGGCAGACGUCUCUUGGGACUGGCCUGGGUGCGGAGGGAGACUGGGCUAAUGGUAUUAUGACGUGGGGAUCAUCCGAGAAUGAUUUUAUGGAUGUCACGAGGUGGACGCCCGAUGUUAAUGGGAAGAUGGGGGAGGGCGCCUGGGGAAUGAGGGAAAGAGAUGCUGGGCGUGUUUUGAUUCGGGGGUGGGAGGUUGAGAAGCGUCCUGGGUAUUGAAGUAUACAUCAAAGAUGUCCGGGAGAUAUUCGGAAAUUUGGGCAAUUUCCUAUGAUCCUUCUUGCUUAACUGAUUCACGGAAAUCAUUUUUUGGGUUAUUUCCGCAGAUUGGAAAGCGAUGGCCGUCAUUCUGCGCUUGAUUGUUCAGGUCCAGGCCUGCGGAAGAUCACAGAUCGAACAUGAAGAGUGACCACUAGUGACCACUAGUUUUCACCUUAAUAUCUUAGGUGAUAGAUUCUGUGAUGUUUGAUGCCGGUGACUGGAGGAUGUUUGCCAUUCGAAAUGCUAGAAUGAUGCUCCCUCUGUCUCGUAUAAUCGAUUUCCCAUGUUCGGUGCUGCUUGGUUGAGCCGCUGGGAGUACUACAACUGCCCAGAUAUAUUGAGCCGCUUUGACCACCACCUACGGAUAGCCUAUUUUAUGACCUCAACGACCGCAAAUGAUCAGAGUUCGAUUGACUUCAAACCCCAAUUCUUCGUACAGUGUAUCG